GUCCUUUCAAGACCACAUCAUUCUUUAAAUCAUCUAAGUCCAGUUCACCUGAAGUAAUAAUAGAAGAGAUAGCUGUAUCUAAAGAAAAGAAAGACAAAUUUUAUAAGCAAAAAAGACCAAGCAGAUUCAAAGAAUAUACUAAUUAA